AUGAGUACAAAGACAGAUUCACCACGGGACCCACGGAGUUGCCUCUACACCAGUUUGUGGGACUUCCGAGCGAUGACGGAGACCGAACUCAGCUUCAAGGCAGGGGACGUUUUCCAGGUCGUGGAGAAGAAUGGAGAUUGGUGGUGGGCUAAGAAAUUGGAUGCCGCUGGAAGGAACUGUGAGGAAGGUUAUGUCCCAUACAACUACAUGGCUAAGAAGGAGACUCUAGAAACAGAGCCAUGGUUUUUUGGGCAGAUCUCCCGUUCCGAAUCUGUCCAUCGGCUGCUGUCUGAAGAAAACAAAAUUGGGGCCUUCCUCAUCCGUAUCAGUGAGAAAAAAGGGGCAGAAUACGUCCUGUCAGUCCGAGAUGAGUCAGUGGUGAGACACUACAAGAUCUUGCGCAACAAAGAAGGGAAUUUCUGCAUGAACGCCACCCGGUCGUUUCCAGAUCUGCUUUCCCUUGUCGAGUAUUACAAAGGGAAGGGACUCACCCACGGCUUGACUCUGACAAGCUCGUGCUACAAGCAAGAACCGAAGGCGAUGCCCCACUGGGAUGACUGGGAGAGGCCUAUGGAAGAGUUCCGCCUGAUCAAGAAACUGGGUGCGGGCUACUUUGGAGAGGUCUACGAAGGAUACUGGAAGGAAAAGGUCCGGGUUGCGGUCAAAGUGCUCCCCAGAGAGGGCUUGACUUUCCAGGACACUUUCAAGAAUGAAAUCGAGGCCAUGAAGAAGCUGAGACACAAAAACAUCCUCUCGCUCUACGCCAUCUCUUCCACCGGGGAUCCUGUAUACAUCAUCACCGAGAUCAUGAGCAAAGGAAAUCUGCUAGACUUUCUUCGAGAUUCCACAAAGGAGCCCCCCAAAAUGGCAGAGCUGGUUGACAUGGCGUCCCAAGUGGCUGACGGGAUGGGCUACUUGGAGUCGCAGAAUUUCAUCCACCGAGAUCUGGCUGCCAGGAACAUCUUGGUUGGAGACAACAACAUCUGCAAAGUGGGAGAUUUUGGGCUCGCAAGGCUUAUCAAGGAUGAUGUUUAUCUCUCGUAUUCCCAUCGCGUCCCCUACAAAUGGACCGCGCCAGAGGCUCUUUCCCACGGGCGCUACUCCGUCAAAUCCGACAUCUGGUCAUUCGGCAUCCUUCUGUAUGAAAUCGUCACUCUCGGCCAGAACCCGUAUCCAGGCAUGACCAACAGCGAAGUUUUCAAGCAGGUCCAAAUGGGUUUCAAGAUGGACUGCCCUCCCCAGUGCCCCACUAUGAUGUACAAUCUGAUGCGCAAAUGCUGGGAACUUAAUCCAGAAGAAAGGCCGGACUUUAAGCAGCUCUGGGGUCUGCUUCAGAGUAUCACUCACUACGAGAAUCCGGAAUAG